AUGUCGUCAAAAGCCAUCCGCGAGUACGACGCCAAGCUUCUCCUUGCGUACUGGUUGGAACGUGCGCCUCCUGUCGCCCCCCACGCCGUGGUCAAGACAAACUUCCAGUACCCCGCCGUCAAGGUCGCCCAGAUCUCCUGGGACCCUGCUACAGACUCCAUCACCCCAGACACAAAGCUCCCCGGAUGGGUCUUCAACACCAAGCUCGUCGCAAAGCCUGAUCAGCUCAUCAAGCGUCGUGGCAAGGCUGGUCUUCUCGCCCUCAACAAGACCUGGGACGAGGCAAAGCCCUGGAUCGCUCAGCGUGCAGGCAAGCCCCAAAAGGUCGAAUCUAUCACCGGGACCCUGAACAACUUUAUUGUUGAGCCUUUCCUCCCCCACCCUUCCAACACUGAGUACUACGUUUGCAUCACCUCCGGCCGCGAGGGCGACUCUAUCCUCUUCACCCACGAAGGUGGUGUUGACAUCGGUGAUGUCGAUGCCAAAGCCCUCGUCCUCAACCUCCCCGUUAACCAGCCUUUCCCCUCCCGCGAGGCUAUCGCCCAGACCCUCCUCACCCACGUCCCCGCCGAGAAGAAGGAUACCCUCGUCGACUUCCUCAUCCGCCUCUACAGCGUCUACGUUGACCUCCACUUUGCCUACCUCGAGAUCAACCCCCUCGUCGUCCUCGAUGCCGUCAACGGAGGCGAACCCCAGGUUUGCUACCUUGACAUGGCCGCCAAGCUCGACCAGACCGCUGAGAGCAUCUGUGGUCCCAAGUGGGCCAUUGCUCGUGAUCUCUCCGUCUACGAGAGAAACGAGGAUGCUGCUGUCAAGACCGCUGCCUCCAAGGGCGCUAAGGUCUCCGCUGACCGUGGCCCCCCUAUGGUCUGGCCCGCACCUUUCGGUCGUGAUUUGACCAAGGAGGAGGCAUACAUCCAGAAACUCGAUGGAUCCACUGGUGCUUCCCUCAAGCUCACCGUCCUCAACGCUGAGGGCCGUAUCUGGACCAUGGUCGCCGGUGGUGGUGCCAGUGUCGUCUACUCUGACGCCAUUGCUGCCCACGGCUUCGCCGACGAGCUCGCCAACUAUGGUGAAUACUCUGGUGCUCCCACUGAAGGUCAAACCUACGAAUACGCCAAGACCAUCAUCGAUCUCAUCACUCGCGGCACCCCCAACCCCAAGGGCAAGAUCCUCAUCAUCGGUGGAGGUAUUGCCAACUUCACCAACGUCGCUGCCACCUUCAAGGGUAUCAUCCGUGCCCUCAAGGAGUUCAAGAACCAGUUGAUCGCUCACCAGGUCAAGAUCUUCGUCCGCCGUGGAGGUCCCAACUACCAGGAGGGUCUCAAGGCCAUGCGCCUCCUCGGAGAGAGCUUGGGUGUCCCCAUCCGUGUCUUCGGCCCCGACACCCACAUCACUGAGAUCGUCCCUCUUGCCCUCGGCAUCGACAUCAGCAAGACCAAGUCGAGCAACGUCGGAAUCAGUGGACUCCACUCUGUGCAGCCCGACACCCCUCCCCCUCAGGUCGCCCCCGCCGGUGAGCCCAACGCCGCUGUCGGUGCCAUCCACGCCGAUGGUGAGCGCACCCAGCCCUCCGACGUCCUCGUCCACUUCGACCCCAAGAACCCCACCGCUCGCCCCGCCUACAGGCCUUUCGAUGCCUCCACCCGCUCCUUCGUCUAUGGUCUGCAACCCCGUGCUAUCCAGGGAAUGCUCGACUUUGACUUCUCCUGCGGACGUGAGACUCCCUCCGUCGCUGCCAUGAUCUACCCCUUCGGUGGACACCACAUCCAAAAGUUCUACUGGGGAACCAAGGAGACUCUCCUCCCCGUCUACACUUCCUUCAAGGAGGCUUGCGCCAAGCACCCCGAAGUCGAUGUCGUCGUCAACUUUGCCAGCUCCCGUAGUGUUUACUCAAGCACUCUCGAGUGCCUCGAGUUCCCCCAGAUCAAAGCUCUCGCUUUGAUCGCUGAGGGUGUCCCUGAGCGUCACGCUCGUGAGAUCCUCUGGAAGGCCCAGGAGAAGGGUGUCCUCAUCAUUGGUCCCGCCACUGUCGGUGGAAUCAAGCCUGGAUGCUUCAGGAUUGGUAACUCUGGAGGAAUGAUGGACAACAUCAUUGCUUCCAAGCUCUACCGCCCUGGUUCCGUCGGAUACGUCUCCAAGUCUGGAGGCAUGUCCAACGAACUCAACAACAUCCUCUCCCUUGUCACCAACGGUACCUACGAGGGUAUUGCCAUCGGUGGUGAUCGCUACCCCGGAUCCACCUUCAUCGACCAUCUCCUCCGCUACGAGCAAGACCCUGAGUGCAAGAUGCUCGUCCUCCUCGGUGAGGUUGGUGGUGUUGAGGAAUACCGUGUCAUCGACGCCGUCAAGAAGGGCAUCAUCCGCAAGCCCAUCGUCGCCUGGGCCAUUGGUACCUGCGCGAAGAUGUUCGCCACUGAAGUCCAAUUCGGACACGCUGGUUCCAUGGCAAACAGCGAGCUCGAGACUGCUGACGCCAAGAACAAGGCCAUGAGGGCCGCUGGCUUCAUCGUUCCCGACACCUUCGAGGAGCUGCCCCACGUCCUCAAGGAGACUUAUGAGCACCUCGUCAAGAUCGGCACCAUCAAGCCCAAGCCUGAGAUCGAUCCCCCCGUCAUCCCCAUGGACUACAAGUGGGCCCAGGAACUCGGUCUCAUCCGUAAACCCGCUGCCUUCAUCUCCACCAUCUCCGACGAGCGUGGCCAGGAGCUCCUCUACGCUGGUAUGCGUAUCUCUGAAGUGUUCAAGGAGGACAUCGGUAUUGGAGGUGUCGUCAGUUUGCUCUGGUUCAAGCGCCGCCUGCCACCUUGGGCGACCAAGUUCAUCGAGAUGGUGCUCAUGCUUACUGCUGACCACGGUCCCGCUGUCUCUGGUGCCAUGAACACCAUCGUCGCUUCGCGUGCCGGAAAGGACUUGAUCUCUUCGCUCGCCUCUGGUCUCUUGACCAUCGGUAGCCGAUUCGGAGGUGCCCUCGACGAGGCUGCGUCCAUGUUCUCUAACGCCCGCGACACUGGUCUCACCCCUCGCGAGUUCGUUGACAAUGCCAGGAAGGCCAACAAGCUCAUCAGCGGUAUCGGCCACAAGAUCAAGAGCGUCAACAACCCUGAUCUCCGUGUCGAGUUGGUCAAGGAGUACGUCAAGAAGAACUUCCCAAGCCACAGUCUUCUCGACUACGCCCUCGGUGUUGAGAAGGUCACCACUGCCAAGAAGGAUACUCUCAUCCUGAACGUCGAUGGUUGCAUUGCCGUCUGCUUCGUCGAUCUCCUCCGCGACUCUGGCGCGUUCACCCCUGAGGAAGCUGAUGAGUACAUCAAGAUCGGUACUUUGAACGGUCUGUUCGUGCUCGGACGCAGCAUCGGUUUCAUUGGACACCACCUGGACCAGAAGCGCCUCCGUGCACCUCUGUACCGCCACCCUGCUGACGAUAUCUUCAUCAACAUGGCGGAUGUGUCGCAGCCGCGUGUGUUGGGCCGCAUGCAGUAA